AUGUCGAGACGCCAGGGCAAGAUGCCUGGCGACCCCCAACCGAGGCUCCAUCUGCCCUUCACCAGCCAGUACGUCGACGACGCAGACCUGAGCUACACGCCUGGGGAGACGUCCACCGCCAACUCCAGGCCUCAGCCUAUAUCCUCCCCGCCCCGGCCCACCACCAGCAGCGGAGGCUAUCUCUCGUCAUCCUUCACCCGGACGCCGGCCCGCUCCUUCUACCACCAGGCUACUCAUGGCUCAAUAGAUACCCCAGAGUAUUCGUCCCAAGGCGUGAGAGACAAGACGCAGGAACUCUCCAUGCAUGCCCUCUCCGAGUCGGGCUCCUUCCGCUCCCCAAGCGUCCUCGCCCACCGCCUGUCCGCCGCCGGCAGCCCCCGCGGCCGCCGCCCGCCCGAGCUAGUCAACGAUACUUUUGACCUGGACGGUGGACGGGACGUGCUGGAGCUGCCUCCCUCGGGUAUAAUCGAGGAGGAGUCGGAGCCCUCCUCGCCGGAGCCUCUGCGCGAAGCCGCCCCCAGGAGGUUCACCCGGCCCGUGUCUUCGGCAGGCGCCAGGCCAUCGUCGGCCUCUGCCGCCAACGGCGAGCAUCAUCGAGAUCCUCGCCGAUCGACCGACGAUCGACGGGGCCUUUCUGAGACGUCGUCGCUGCUCCCCAACAAAAGGCCUCAAAGCAGGAAGCACUACGGCUCCACCACGACCGACGUAGAGGAUCAGAGGCAUGGGCUCGGGUCACGGCCCGCCAAAUUCUGGACUCGCGUCUCGGGCGCGGCCCACUCGGCUGUCGAUGGUUUCCACAGGGCGACGAAUCCGAAGAGCUGGGACAGAGAGGCUAUCUUUCAAGCCGCCGUCGUUGAGCCCGUCUCUGCCCUGCCCGCUGUUUUUCUUGGAUUGCUGUUGAAUGUGUUGGACGGUCUUUCGUAUGGCAUCAUUCUUUUCCCCCUUGGUGAACCGAUUUUUGCCAGUCUCGGUGUGGAUGGCUUGUCAAUGUUUUUCGUCAGCUGCAUCGUUGCUCAGCUUGUUUACUCUCUUGGUGGCUCAACAUUCAAGGGGGCUGUCGGAUCAGAAAUGAUCGAGGUCGUACCCUUCUUUCACAAGAUGACUUACGUGAUUAUGGCGCGGAUGGGGCCAGCCGAGCCGAACGCUAUCAUCGCGACCGUCGUAGUGUCGUAUGCACUCAGCUCCGUCAUCACUGGUCUUAUCUUCGGAGCACUUGGCCUAUUCAAGCUGGGCAAUCUCGUCAGCUUCUUCCCCCGCAACAUCCUCAAUGGUUGCAUCGGAGGCGUUGGAUUUUUCCUGUUCGUGACUGGAAUCGAGGUCUCUGCCAGACUGGACGGAAACCUCGAGUACAAUUUUGAUACGCUGCAGAAGCUUUUCCGCGCAGACACCGUUGCGUUAUGGACUUCACCGCUUGCCCUGGCCAUUAUCUACAUGGUCAUCAAGCAUUAUUACGACCAUCCAGCAUUGAUGCCGGCUUUUAUUGUUUUAAUCACUGGCAUUUUUCACAUAAUUGUUGCUGCCGUAUCUCAUUUUAAUCUUGACAAGGCCCGAGAUGCUGGUUGGGUUUUCGAAAAGCCAGAGUCGGGUGUGCCGUUCUAUCACUUUUACACUCUCUACGACUUCUCCAUCGUCGAUUGGUCCGCCAUAUUCAGGACCAUCCCCACCAUGUUCGCUCUGUCCUUCUUCGGAAUCAUCCAUGUGCCGAUUAAUGUUCCGGCACUCGCCUUGUCCGCGAAGGAAGACGACGUGGACAUUAAUCGAGAGCUUGUUGCUCAUGGUCUGUCCAACAGCCUGUCGGGUUUUGUGGGAAGUAUUCAGAACUACCUCGUUUACGUGAACAGUGUCAUGUUCAUGGACCACGGUGGUAACAGCCGCAUGGCCGGUCUCAUGCUUGCCGCAGCCACCGCUGGCGUUUGGAUGGCUGGUCCCGGGAUGAUCGGAUAUGUCCCCGUCAUGGUUGUCGGGACCUUGAUCUUUUACCUAGGCAUUGACUUGCUGAAGGAGGCUCUCUGGGAUACUCUGGGCAAAUUGCGACUGCUGGAAUAUCUAACGAUCAUCACGAUUGUCCUCAUCAUGGGCAUCUACGACUUCGUCUGGGGUGUUCUUGCCGGGAUCGUGCUGGCUUGUCUGACCUACGUCGUUCAGACGUCACGUACACCAAUCAUCAGAUCAACCUAUACUGGGGCAAUUGCGCAGUCGACGGUCCGCCGGCCUCCGCUGCACCAAAAAUACCUCCGUGAAGUCGGUCAGCAGGUCUACGUUGCCAAAAUUGCGGGCUAUCUUUUCUUCGGAACUAUCGUGUCAGUCGAGAAUGACAUCCGCAAGCUGGUCGAUGAGGAGCAAUUCCGGACCCGACCGAUCCGAUACGUUGUGCUGGAUUUGGUCCACGUGAUCGGAAUAGACUACUCGGCUGCGGAGGUGCUUGUACGGCUCAACCGGAUCCUCCACCGCCGGAAUGUCACGCUAGUGAUAUCAAGCAUUUCGCUCAACGAUGAAAUCGGCCAAGGCCUGUCCAUGGUAGGCUUGUUCGCGCCAGCAGAGAGCAAUGAUGAGCACUGCCCGCCGCCCCAGAGGUUCGAGACUCUGAACAAGGCCCUAGAAUGGUGUGAGAACGAACUUCUAGGUACUCUACACGAGCGUGCCAGAUCACUGGGUUCGCCCAAGGAGGCCGAGCCUGUUGCCAUCACACCACCGAAGCCGAUGGGCAACGGAGCGAAUCCGUUCGACGGGGCUUUCAACUCGCCUAGGCGGGCGCUGCUACGGGAGGCUGCUACUCUUGCACUCAAGGAUCACAAGAAUGCCACGGUCGAUGAGCAUAGCAAUGUGCUCACACCUGACAAAUGGAGGAAUUUCGCCCAACCCAUCCCGCUAAUGCUGCUGACCUUUCAAGAUCUAUCAGACAAGGAUAUCGACUUCUGGCACCGUGCCACACCUUACUUUCAGCGCUGCGAAUUUUCGGCCGGCACGGUGCUGUACUCGCGGGGUGACGACCCGAACGGGUUUUAUCUCGUGGAGAAGGGCUCACUCCGCGCAGACUACGACCUCGAACAGGGACACUACUACGAGUCUAUCCAGGCCGGUACAACGUGUGGCGAGCUACCUUUCUUCAGCGAGACAGACCGGACGGGCACCGUCGCAGCGGAGACGGACGCGGUCGCGUGGUUGCUGACGAGGGAGAAGUGGAAGGAGUUGGAGAGAAAGCAGCCCGAGGUAGCGAGCGAAUUGCUGCGGAUCUGCCUGAAGUUGACGAGUGAGCGGAUGAAUGCUAUCACCUCAUACGUCCUCGUCACGGCAAGCUGA